AUGGGGUUCGAUUGGAUAAAGAGGGUGAGAUUCAUCAAAAGAACAACUACUGCAAUUGCUUACAUGCACCAUGAUUGCAUUCCUGCAAUAGUUCACAGGGACAUAUCUAGCAACAAUAUUUUAUUGGAUUCUGAGUAUGAAGCUCGUGUUUCUGAUUUUGGUACCGCGAGGAUUUUGAAGCCAGAUUCAUCCAAUUGGACUUCACUUGCAGGAACCUAUGGAUAUGUUGCUCCAGAGCUUGCAUAUACAAUGAAGGUGACAGAAAAGGGCGAUAUUUAUAGCUUUGGGGUGGUCAUAUUUGAAGUACUAAUGGGAGGGCAUCCAUCUGAACUCAUCACAUUAAUCUCGCAAAUUCUUUUGCAAUCUUCAUCUGCGAAUGUGACGCAGAGUAGUGGUAAAGAUGGUCAAGCAAAGAAACGGAGAGGAAGAAAAAAGGGUAGGAAGAACAAAGACCAGUAUUCCGACAAAGAAGACGAAGGACCUAUAACAGAUGAAGUGGACACAUACCUUGAUUGUCGAUAUGUUUCGGGUUCAGAGUCAUCGUGGAGAGUUCUCAAUUUCCCUAUCCAAUUUAGGAACCCAAGUGUUGAGAGGCUUCCUUUUCAUUUAAAAGGUGAACAGUACAUUUACUACAAUGGUAAAAAGGACCUAAAAGUUGCGAUGAAGAAGGUCGAUCCUAAUGCAACAAAAUUUCUUUGUUGGUUUGAAGCCAAUACAAAAUAUCCUAAGGCAAGAGAUCUCACGUACGUGGAUUUUCCAAAGGAUUUCAUUUGGUGUAAAAAGAAAAAGGAAUGGUGGGAAAGGCAACGGGGAUCCAAAAUCGGUGGUGUUUACUACGUUAGUCCUGCUUGCGGAGAAAGAUAUUAUCUGCGCAUACUUUUGAACAUUGUAAAAGGACCGCAGUCGUAUGGGGACAUUUUAACCUUCAACGGAUAG